AUGAGUCGUUGGUCUGCUGGUUCCACUCCCGGGAGUGUGAAACCAGUUUAUGGAGCACGUUAUCCUCCCCUUCAUCAGUCUACUGGGUCGGGAAGUCCUACGAAACAUGACUCUCGUACUGAUAAAUUCCAAGAUUAUGAGAAUAGUGUAUCAGAUGCUUGGGAUACGCGAGUGAAGUUAGAUGAUGACUUGGCUUCUGCUUCCGCUGCACAUGUUCUCGCUGCCCAUGCGGCUCGAAAAAGUCGAGAUGAGGUGAUCAUGCCUCCAGUCAGUACACCUCACACAAAAAACAGUAGAGUUCAAGCGCUUCAACGGCUCGCUAUACAGAAAGAACCUUUACCCUCGAGUAUCGCUAGCCCUGUCCAAAAUGCAAACCCAAUUUAUCCCAAAUUGCCCGAAAUUUCGGGAGAUCAAUGCCGCUCAACUAAUAUUGCUUCUAACGUAGCUUCUACAGGAGGAUCCCACGACCAAACGAGAUUUGAUCGUCUCCGUCGGUUAUUCUCCAAUGGUAAAAGUUCGGGAAGAGCAUCGCCCCCCGCUGAUAUCGAUAUGGACAAACUGAGAGAGGAUUGCUGGAUGGGUAUCCCACACAAACUUAGACCACAAGCAUGGAGAAUCUUAUCGGGAUAUUUGCCAACUAAUGCUGAUCGUAGAGAAAUCACUAUGGAACGUAAAAGAGAAGAAUAUUGGCAUUAUGUAGAGCAGUAUUUCCAUCAACGAUUCGAUGAUCAAAAUGCAGAAAUUUUCCGUCAAAUUCAUAUUGAUAUCCCACGGAUGUGUCCUCUCAUCCCACUCUUCCAACAAAAAAUGGUACAAGAGAUGUUUGAACAUAUUCUGUACAUCUGGGCCAUUCGACAUCCCGCCAGUGGAUAUGUACAGGGUAUAAAUGAUUUGGUCACACCAUUCUUCGUUGUUUUCCUUUCUGAGUUCAUUCCUCAAGACGUUGAGGUUGGAUCUUUCGACGUUUCCCAACUUCCUCUCGAACAAUGCAAGUUGGUUGAAGCAGAUUCUUUCUGGUGUGUAAGUGCUCUUCUUGAUUCUAUCCAAGAUAACUACACAUUCGCUCAGCCUGGUAUUCAAAGAAAAGUGUUGCAGCUUAAGCAUCUGUUAAGUCGUGUAGAUAAACCAUUGCACAAGCAUCUCGAGAGCAAUGGUGUUGAGUAUCUCCAAUUUGCUUUCCGUUGGAUGAAUAACUUAUUGAUGAGAGAAAUUCCUUUGAGAGCAACAAUUCGACUUUGGGACACUUAUUUGAGUGAACCGGAUGGCUUCUCGCAGUUUCACAAUUAUGUUUGCGCGGCAUUCCUCCGUACUUGGUCGCGACAACUUCAAAACGAAAAAGACUUUCAGGGAAUCAUGAUUUUAUUGCAAAACUUACCCACUCAGUCAUGGGGUGAUCGGGAAAUCUGCGAACUCACUGCUGAUGCUUUCUCAUUGAUGAGCGUGUUCGAUGGCGCUCGUAGGCAUUUGCCUGCUUCAAGCAGCCCUUAA